UGUGAUCUUUGAUAUCGACUACCAGCGUCAGAAUGACGCGAGCACUCACUGUGGUCGCUCUCGCCUGAUGGCGGUCAUGAAGCUAUAGCAGAGACGUGGUACAACCAAGAACAAGUCACAAAGCAAGAGACUUUGGUCUGCACACGCGUUACAAUGGCUGGUCGAAGCCCACUUCGUGCCCUCAUCAUUGGUUCGCCUGGCUCGGGAAAAGGCACGCUGUCCGGAAGGCUGGUCGAACAUGCGCCAGCUUUGAAGACUUUCAGCGCUGGGGACAGCUUGAGAUCGCACAUCAGACGAAAGACGGAGGUGGGCCGACAGGCCGAGAACGUCAUCAAGGAUGGAGGGCUCAUGCCCGAUCAGACCAUGAUGGAUGUCAUCUGGUCCGAUCUCAAGGCUGCGCGCAAUGGGCCGUGGAUGCUAGAUGGAUAUCCGAGAACCAUCGGUCAAGCCAAGCUGCUGGACUCAACAUUGGAACAGGAAGGUGACCCACUGGACCUCGUCAUCAACCUAGACGUGCCACCAGAUGUGGUGCUUGCCCGCAUUCUAGAUCGAUGGGUGCAUCCCGCUUCUGGACGUGUAUACAACACGAAUUUCAACAAGCCCUUGAAAGAGGGCUUGGACGAUAUCACUGGCGAGCCGUUAGAGCAGCGACCGGACGACAAUGUGGAUGCAUUCGCAACGAGACUCGCAACGCAUCAUCGUGAGGUCGCACCUAUACUGGACUACUACAGAAGCCCUACAAUGUCCUUGUCCAGACCGCCUCUCUUUGCCAAUCUGAAGGGGAAUACCAGCGCAGAGAUCUGGCCUCAGCUUUGGGAAGUUGUCAAGAAGUUUCGUUUGGAGUAGGCACAUCGUUGAGAGGAUCACUUUGUGAUCAAGGAAAACUGACUUUCAUCAAUCAGUUUGAAACGCUUUUCAAG